AUGUCAAGUGACGAUGACAACAUUAACGACGUGGACAAUGAGAAGGUCAAUAUUUUAGGAGAAGAGUUGGGACAGUUUAACACGAUAGACUAUAACCCAUGCUUGCAUGGCGACUGUAACCAACUGUAUGACUAUGAGGACGAUACUACACAAGACACUCCAACUUCGGACGACGAUGAUUCAGACGAUGACAGUAGCGAUGACACCGAAGACGAUGUGGGGAUCGGCAAAUUUGAUCCAGAUAAAUUGAACCAAUACCACCACGACAAUGUCGACUUUGUGUUUGGCAAAUGGUCGUGGUGUUGUCCACUUCUCUAA